AUCAUGUUACAGGAUUAUUUUCAUUGAAUAUAUUUUAAUAGAAUGAAUUUGUGAAAUGGAUCUAAUUCCUGUAGGAAAACAGACCUUUGAAAUAUGUCUGACUUAUUCAAUACAACACUAUUUUCAUUAAUUGAACUAUAUUUUAAGAAGAAUUAUGUGUUCUGUUAAUGUACCUUGUUGUGUGUAUUUGCAGACCUGGUUUCCACAGAGACCCUUACCUGCUGUGUCCCAGUCCAGGUCCUGAAAUGGAGAGUUGUGCCUCAGAAAUUAGUCACUCUGGAGAAUGUAAGGAAUGGGAAUCAUCCUCAAAAAUGACUCUGAACAGAGUCCUGGAGGAGAGAAGAGACUCACCUGAACCCAGCUGUAUGUCCAUGAAGAGUGACUGGUCAAUGGAUCAACCUAUUCACUUCCAACAGGGACAGGUUUCUACAGAUGAAAGAAAUCAGCUGAAGAGAUGUGACUCGGCGCAUCAACAGGUGGAUUUAUCAGCAGUUUUCAAGUCUCUUGAGGACAAAGCUGUGAAGUUCCUGAGAGAUGAGUUGAACAAGUUGAAGAGGAAUCUGAGUCAGGAUUACCCAGCAUGCCUUGAGCCCCAGGCUGACAAUGACCUGGACAGUGAAGCUGAGAUCCAGAAGAUGUGUGGCAGAGAGGGGGCUCUGAAGAUUACACUGUACAUCCUGAGGACCAUGAACCAGAAGGACCUCGCAGACACACUGGAGAAGAAUGAAUUUCUGAUGAAAUAUCAACAUAAAUACAGAUGUAACCUGAAGAAGAAAUUCGAGUGUGUGUUUGAAGGGAAAGCAAAGCAAGGAAAUCCAGUCCUGCUCAAUAAGAUUUACACAGAGCUCUACAUCACUAAAGGUGGAACUGGAGGGAUCAAUGAUGAACAUGAAGUGAGACUUAUUGAAACAGCCACCAAGAGUCCAGCAGUACAAGACACUGCGAUCCAAUGCAGUGACAUUUUUGAACCCUUAGCUGGAGAAACGGCACCUAUAAGAACCGUGCUGACAAAGGGGGUUGCAGGCAUCGGAAAAACUGUGUCUGUGCACAAAUUUAUUCUUGACUGGGCAGAAGGAAAAGGAAAUCAAGAUAUUCAUUUCAUAUUUGCUUUUCCUUUCCGGGACCUAAAUCUGAUGAAGGGUCAAGAUUACAGUCUGAUAGAACUCAUUCACCACUUUAUCCCAGAACUGAAAGAGCUUGGAUCAGCUGAGCUUGAAAGGUGUAAAACCUUGUUCAUCUUCGAUGGUCUAGAUGAGAGUCGACUUCCUCUAGAUUUCAAGAACAAUCAGAGCUGGUUUGAUGUAACAAAGACAACAUCUUUGGAUGUGUUGCUGAGCAACCUCAUUAAGGGGAAUCUGCUCCCCUCUGCUCUCAUCUGGGUAACCUCCAGACCAGCAGCAGCAGGUCAGAUCCCUCCUGAAUGUGUCCACCAGGUGACAGAGAUACGAGGGUUCAAUGAUCCUCAGAAGGACGAGUACUUCAGGAAGAGGUUCAGCAAUCAGGACCUGGUCAACAGGAUCAUCACACAUGUGAAGUCAACAAGGAGUCUCUACAUCAUGUGUCAUAUUCCUGUCUUCUGUUGGAUUUCAGCCAUUGUUCUUGAGAAGCUGUUUGGUAAUGAAAACAGUGGAGAAAUCCCCAAGACUCUGACUCAGAUGUACACACACUUCAUCAUCUUUCAGUCAAGUUUAAAGAAUGAGAAGUAUCAGAAGGAACGAGAAAAUGAGCUUUAUAACAUUUUAAAAUCAGACAGAGAAUUCCUUCUAAAACUGGGGGAACUGGCUUUUAGAAACCUUGAGACAGGAAACCUCAUGUUUUAUGAGGAAGAUCUCAAAGAGUGUGGCAUUGAUGUCAGUGAAGCUUCAGUGUACUCUGGAGUGUGCACAGAAAUCUUCAAAGAGGAAUGUGGGUUAUACCAGAGGAAGGUUUACUGCUUUGUGCAUCUGAGUGUUCAGGAGUAUCUUGCUGCUUUGUUUUCAGUAUUAAAAAGAAACAAGAAAUACAGUUUUAUUAAACAGGUUGCAGCUCAUACAGAAAACUGGUCUGACUUUUUGAACAAAUCAGUGGAUCAGGCCUUACAGAGCAAGAAUGGACACUUGGACCUUUACCUCCGCUUCCUUCUUGGCCUUUCAAUGGAUUCCAGUCAGAGUCUGUUAUAUGGGCUACUGACAGAGAGAAGAAUCAGAUCAUUUGAUACUGACAAGACAGUGCAGUACAUCAAGAAGAAGAUCAGAGAAAAUCUGUCUCCAGAGAGAACCAUCAAUCUGUUCCACUGUCUUAAUGAACUCAAUGACAAUUCUUUAGUGGAGGAAGUCCAAGGUUACCUGAGCUCAGGAAAUCUUUCAAACAAACACCUCUCACCUGCACAGUGGUCAGCUCUGGCCUUUGUGUUACUCAUGUCAGACGAGGAACUGGAUGUGUUUGACCUGAAGAAAUACAUCAGAUCAGAGGAAGGUCUUCUGAGGCUGCUGCCAGUAGUCAAGAUCUCCAAAACAGCUCUGCUGAACCAGUGUGGACUAACAGAGAGAUGCUGUGAAGCUCUGGCUUCAGUUCUCACCUCAAACUCCUGUUCACACCUGAGAGAGUUAGACCUGAGUGACAAUGACCUGCAAGAUUCAGGAGUGAAGAUACUCUCUGCUGGACUGGGGAACAAACACUGUAACCUGGACACACUGAGACUGUCUAACUGUGGUAUCAGAGAAAGAGGCUGUGAUUCUCUGGCUUCAGCUCUACGUCCGAACCCCUGUUCACACUUGAGAGAACUGAAUCUGAGCUACAAUCACACAGGAGACUCAGGAGUGAAGCUGCUCUCUGAUCUACUGGAGGAUCUACACUGUAGACUGGAGACACUGCAGCUGAUCCAGUGUGGUCUGACAGAGAGAUGCUGUGAAGCUCUGACCUCUGUUCUCAUCUCAAACUCUUCACACCUGAGAGAGUUAGACCUGAGUGACAAUGACCUGCAGGAUUCAGGAGUGAAGAUACUCUCUGCUGGACUGAGGAACAAACACUGUAAACUGGACACACUGAGACUGUCUGGCUGUUGUGUCACAGAGAGAGGCUGUGCUUCUCUGGCUUCAGCUCUACGUUCGAACCCCUGUUCACACCUGAGAGAACUGGAUCUGAGCUACAAUCACCCAGGAGACUCAGGAGUGAAAUUGCUCUCUGAUCUACUGGAGGAUCCACACUGUAGACUGAAGACAGUGCAUGUGGAUCAUGGUGGACAGUGUAGGAUCAGACCAAGGAAAUACUUCUGCCAGCUCACACUGGACCCCAACACAGCAAACACACACCUGUAUCUGUCUGAGGACAACAGGAAUGUGACAUGGAGUGAAGAGAAACAGAAAUAUCCUUAUCAUCCAGACAGAUUUGACUGUUAUAGACAAGUUUUGUGUGUAGAGAGUGUGUCUGGUCGCUGUUACUGGGAGGUUCAGUGGACUGGAAUUAGGGCUGAAAUAGGAGUGACUUAUAAAGGAAUCAGGAGGAAAGGAAACAGUGAUGACUGUAUGCUUGGAUAUAAUGACAAGUCCUGGGUUCUGUUCUGCACUGAUACGAGUUACUUUGUGAGACACAAUAAGAAACUCACUGUAAUACCUGCACCCCCCUCCCGCAGAGUAGGAGUGUAUGUGGACUGUGUGUCCGGCGCUCUGUCCUUCUACAGCGUCUCCUUUGGUGAACUGAGCCUCCUGUACAGGUUCACCUCCACAUUCACUGAGCCCCUCUGUCCUGCGUUUAGGGUUUAUAGUUAUUCCUCAGUGUCCCUGUGUGAGACGGAAUAGAUACCAGUGUCCUGGGUCUGUUUUGUUCUUUUACCCCUGUUUUAUUGUUGGUGUGAUUUAUACCGGCUGUUUUUGUAAUCGUAAUCAUGAUGAUGUUAGUUUUGUUUCCGAACUCGCGGUAAUUAACAACUGAAUUCUAGCUGGAGGAAUAGCGAACUGAACCGUGACCCACUGUUGGUGUUUAUUGCUCGUCAAACGCUGCCUGAACUGUACACUUGUUAUUCAUAAUCGUAUAAAAUAAAUGUAAAACAAACUCGGCUUUCGAACUCCACUGUCUCCCACUCAAACACACACCACUUUCAUUAACCAAUAUGGCGGACAGCAGUGGACCGAAUACUGCACUCCCU